AUGUCCGACGAUGGUUAUGACGGUGGCGGAAGGGAUGACUACGACUACGAAGGUCCGAGUUUUGCUGAUGGUGGAUUCGACGAAACCUAUGACCUUUUGGGGGAGCUGCACGAAGGAGAACACCAGGAGGAACAAGGCGAAGAGGGUACUGGCGAGGUCUCCCAUCCAAACGGGGUUAAUGGUGAAGACCACGAACAAGAGAUGGUAACUGGAGAAGAUCAGUCCCAGUAUCAACAGCCUGCCCCUGCUGUGGGCCUGCACGGAGAGAGGCAACCCAAUAAAGUCCGUGUCACAACGCCAUACCUCACAAAAUACGAACGUGCACGAAUAUUGGGGACGCGGGCCCUCCAGAUCAGUAUGAACGCUCCAGUGCUCGUUCCUUUGGACGGGGAGACGGACGCGCUACAAAUUGCCAUAAAGGAGCUUUCACAACGAAAAAUUCCCCUUAUCAUCCGUCGAUAUCUACCCGACGGUUCCUUCGAGGAUUGGAGUGUCUCCGAGUUAAUCAGUGAGUAG